UGGAGCAAACAGUUGGCCAGGAGGGCCUGUGGGUAUUAAAAUGAAGGUCUUCGUUACUGUGGAGGUCACCUUGGCCAUGAUGAUGGCUGCCAUUGUGGAGGCUAAGAUCUAUGAACGCUGUGAACUGGCACUGAAGCUGGAAAGGGCAGGCCUCAAUGGCUACAUGGGCUACACCGUUGGAGACUGGCUGUGCAUGGCACACUAUGAGAGUGGCUUUGACACCUCCUUCAUGAACUACAAUCCUGACGGCAGCAGUAAUUAUGGCAUUUUCCAGCUGAACUCCGCCUGGUGGUGUGACAAUGGGGUUACACCCACCCAGAACCUCUGUCACAUGGAUUGUCGUGACCUGCUCAACCGCCAUCUUCUGGAUGAUAUCUUGUGUGCCAGGCAGGUGGUGUCCACACAGAACAGUAUGACUGCUUGGGAUUCUUGGACCCAGCACUGCUAUGGGCAUGAUUUAUCUGAAUGGCUCAAGGGAUGUAAUAUGCAUGCAAAACAUCACUCAAAGAAAAUUAAUUCAUGAUUCAGAUUCCAAGAGAUAGAAAUUUCAUUUUCCUUUCUUUUCUGUCUUCUGUGAAUUUAAUAGUGCUAUCUAUAAACAAUGCAAGAGGC